AUGUACCCCCCCUCUUCUCAACGCCCUGGGACCAUCAUCCACCCCUCUGCCCAGAAGCUCAAAGGGAGUGUUUCCUCCCCCACCUCCGCUGAUAUUUGCUCACUGCUUCAUCAGCGUCCUCUGCCUUGCAGCCCUACAACACCUGGGUGUAAUAGAGCGCCACCUUCUCCUCCCGACGCGCACACAGGCAGCAGCGGCUGGCUGUGCGGCAGGGGCUGCGCUGGCGCCGCCGCCUCCGCCUCCGCCUCCGCCUCCACCACCACCACCACCUCAGGCACCGAGAGCAGGCCUUCCUCUUCUUCCUCCUCCUCGCCUUUGGCGAGGCCGUUAGCCUGGGGGAUGGGCAGGACCUUCAGCCGCUGCCUCACCGGCUCUCGGCCCGCCUUGGCACCAAGGGUCGAGGCCGAAGCCACUCCAGCUCCCUGGCCCCGAGAAGGGAAGAAGAGCCCCCCAUUGCCUGAAGGGUUUUUAGGAACCUGGAAACUUGUAGAGACUACCAACUUUGAUAGUUACAUGAAAGAACUAGGAGUGGGUUUUGCCACCAGAAAAGUGGCAGCCAUGGUUAAACCUGACAUGAUCAUCAGUAUUGCAGAUGAUGUAAUUACCAUUAGAACAGAAAGUACUGUUAAAAGUACUGAGGUUUCCUUCAGACUGGGCCAGGAAUUUGAUGAAGUCACUGCUGAUGACAGAAAAGUAAAGAGUCUCAUAACUGUAGAAGAUGGUGCACUGAUUCAUGUUCAGAAAUGGGAUGGAAAAAUAACCACAAUAAGAAGAAAACUAGUGGAAGAUAAACUUGUGGUGGAAUGCCUCAUGAAGGAUGUUACCUCCACUAGAGUUUAUGAAAGACCAUGAAGGAGUGAUUUCUCAAUGGGCCAAAGCUGCCAAACCACCACUUUUUGUCAUGUGUGUGUCAUUAAAAUCAAUGUGGUUCUUCCUGAUUAAAUUGGGAGAAAUCCCAUUUGCAAAGCACUAAAAUCCAUGAUACAUUGUUCACUGUGGGACUGCAUAAGAAUUAUGACUUCUCUUGAUAUUUUAAAAUAA